AUGGAACUUGGGGAACAAUCUGCGAUGAUGGAUGGGAUUUUAAAGAUGCUAAGGUUGUAUGUCGUCAACUUGGUUAUCUGGAUGCCGCAAAAUUUCUUGAAGGGGGGCAGGUUCCUUCAGGUUCUGGACGAAUAUGCUACAAAUGUGUCCGUCAGAAUACAAGGGCCUUUAAGUGAAAAUGGUACUGGUCGUGUUGAGGUAUCCUACAAUGGAGUAUGGGGAACAAUAUGCGAUUAUAGAUGGGAUUUUAGAGAUGCUAGGGUCGUGUGUCGUCAACUUGGUUAUCUAGAUGCCGUCAGAUCUCUUCAAGGGGGGCAGGUUCCAUCAGGUUCAGGACAAAUAUGGUUGGAAGACGUCAGAUGUACAGGAAAAGAAAAGGUUAUAUCAAGAUGCUCACAUCCCGGAUGGGGAAUUAAUUAUUGCACUCAUUCGGAAGAUGCUGGAGUAGAAUGUAUUAAAACAGCUUCAACUGUGUCGUUGAGAUUACAAGGGCCUUCAAGUGAAAAUGGUACUGGUCGAGUAGAAGUAUUUUACAAUGGACUAUGGGGAACAAUCUGUGACGAUGGAUGGGAUUUUAGAGACGCUAAGGUUGUAUGUCGUCAACUUGGUUAUCCAGAUGCCGUAAGAUCUUAUCAAGGGGGGCAGGUUCCAUCAGGUUCUGGACAAAUAUGGUUAACUGACGUCAGAUGUACAGGAAAGGAAGAGAAUAUAUCAAGUUGUUCUCGUUCCGAAUGGGGAAUCAAUAAUUGUGAUCAUUCGAAAGAUGCUGGAGUAGAAUGUAGUAAAACAGCUACAAAUGUGUCGAUCAGAUUACGAGGGCCUUCAAGUAAAAAUGGUAUUGGUCGUGUUGAAGUAUUCUACAAUGGACUAUGGGGAACAAUCUGUGAUGAUGGAUGGGAUUUUAGAGAUGCUAGGGUUAUAUGUCGUCAACUUGGUUACUCAGAUGCAAUCAGAUCUCUUCAAGGGGGUGAGUUUCCCUCAGGUUCUGGGCAAAUAUGGUUAGAUGACGUCAGUUGUAAAGGGAAAGAAGAGAAUAUAUCAAGAUGUUCUCAUCCCGGGUGGGGAAUUAAUGAUUGCGAUCAUUCGGAAGAUGCUGGAGUUGAAUGUAGUGAAACAGCUACAAAUGUGUCGAUCAGAUUACAAGGACCUUCAAGUGAAAAUGGUACUGGUCGUGUCGAGGUAUUCUACAAUGGAACCUGGGGGACAGUCUGUAAAGCUGGAUGGGAUUUUAGAGAUGCUAAAGUUGUUUGUGGUCAACUUGGUUAUCCUGAUGCCGUCAGACCUCCUCAAGGCAGACAGGUUCCAUCAGCUUCUGGACAAAUAUGGUUAGAUGACAUCAGUUGUACAGGAAAUGAAGAGAAUAUAGCAAGAUGUUCUCAUCGUGGAUGGGGAAUUAAUAAUUGCAAUCAUUCCGAUGAUGCUGGAGUAGAAUGUGGUAAGCCUGCCAGUGUUUUAUUGAGGUUACAAGGACCAUUGAGUGAAAAUGGUAUUGGCCGUGUUGAAGUUUUUACUAUGACAAUGGGGAACAAUCUGUGA